AUGAGGGAGAUCAUUAGCAUUCACAUCGGACAAGCCGGGAUCCAAGUCGGAAACUCGUGCUGGGAGCUUUACUGCCUCGAACAUGGGAUCCAGCCUGACGGCAUGAUGCCGAGUGAUACUACGGUUGGUGUUGCACACGAUGCUUUCAACACUUUCUUCAGCGAAACCGGUGCUGGAAAGCACGUCCCUAGAGCCGUCUUCGUCGAUCUCGAGCCCACCGUUAUCGACGAAAUCCGUACCGGAACUUACCGACAGCUUUUCCAUCCAGAGCAGCUCAUCUCUGGAAAAGAGGAUGCUGCGAACAACUUCGCCAGAGGCCAUUACACUGUUGGGAAGGAGAUUGUGGACCUUUGCCUUGACCGUGUGAGGAAACUUGCCGAUAACUGUACUGGCUUGCAAGGAUUCUUGGUGUUCAACGCCGUUGGUGGUGGAACUGGUUCUGGAUUAGGAUCUCUCUUGUUGGAACGUUUGUCUGUUGAUUACGGAAAGAAGUCUAAACUUGGAUUCACCAUCUACCCUUCUCCUCAGGUUUCUACUGCUGUUGUGGAGCCUUACAACAGUGUUCUUUCAACGCAUUCCCUACUUGAGCACACCGAUGUUGCUGUCCUCUUGGAUAAUGAAGCCAUCUAUGAUAUCUGCCGCAAAUCCCUUGAUAUUGAGAGGCCCACCUACACGAACUUGAACAGGUUGAUAUCACAGAUCAUAUCAUCCUUGACGACAUCACUGAGGUUUGAUGGUGCCAUCAAUGUGGAUAUCACUGAGUUCCAGACCAAUCUUGUCCCGUAUCCUCGUAUCCAUUUCAUGCUCUCGUCUUACGCUCCAGUCAUCUCGGCUGCAAAGGCUUACCAUGAACAGUUAUCAGUCCCUGAGAUCACCUAA